AUGACGUUUGCGGAGAAAUCCCUCCUCAAGAACCAUCUGGGGAUGCACGACGGAGAGAAGAGAUUCUUCUGCUCCUAUUGCGAGAAGGGUUUCCUUCGUAAGACGAGCCUGACGGCUCACAUCGCGAUUCAUACCGGAGUGAAGCCUCAUGCCUGCGAAUUUUGCCGAAGAUCAUUUGCUCAAGCAUACCCCCUGAAAGUCCACAUGAGGAUACACACGGGAGAGAAGCCGUUUGCCUGCGAGUACUGCACGAUGAGAUUUCCACGAAUACAGGCGCUGAAGACGCACUUGAGGACUCAUACCGGAGAGAGGCCUUAUCACUGUGAGUUUUGUGGAAUGUCUUUCGCUGUAAAUGGCGCCUUGAAGAGGCAUUUGCGUAGGAAGCAUGCCCAGGUGAAAUCCGAGUCUGUUGCGCCGAAUGUUUCCGAUGGGCUUGUGGAGACUGACACGCUCUAA